AUGCCAUUCAAUGCCAUAACAAAACGUUUAUUUUCUAGUACAACGAAAAGAGCUCAAAUCAUAGCGUCACAGAUAAAAUCGAAUGAGGUGAAUGCAGACAAAAUUCUCCAGCGCAAAUAUCGAAUUAUUGAUCACGAAUAUGAUUGUGUUGUUGUUGGCGCUGGUGGAGCGGGGCUACGAGCGGCUUUUGGUUUAGCAGAGGCUGGAUUCAAAACUGCUUGUGUGUCAAAAUUGUUUCCCACCAGAUCGCACACAGUUGCUGCACAAGGUGGUAUAAAUGCAGCUUUAGGAAACAUGCACCCUGAUGAUUGGCAUUGGCACAUGUAUGACACAGUUAAGGGGUCAGAUUGGUUGGGUGAUCAAGAUGCUAUUCAUUAUAUGACAAGAGAAGCACCGGCCUCUAUAUACGAAUUGGAACAUUAUGGAGUACCAUUUUCAAGAAAUGACAAAGGUAGGAUCUAUCAAAGAGCAUUUGGUGGCCAGACUAAAGAAUACGGCAAAGGUGGCCAGGCUUAUAGGACAUGUGCAGUGGCAGAUCGUACUGGACAUGCGUUGUUGCAUACUUUGUAUGGCCAAUCAUUAAAUCAUGAUUGUCACUUUUUUAUUGAAUUUUUUGCAAUGGAUUUGUUGAUGCAAGAUGGUGAGUGUGUGGGUGUAAUUGCUUACAAUGAAGAGGAUGGUACUUUACAUCGAUUCAGAGCACAUAAAACGAUUAUAGCAACUGGUGGGUACGGUAGAGCUUACUUUUCAUGCACCUCUGCUCACACCUGUACGGGUGAUGGAUAUGCAAUGGUUUCCAGAGCUGGUUUGCCAUUAGAAGAUUUGGAGUUUAUUCAAUUCCACCCUUCUGGUAUCUACGGAUCCGGUUGUCUUAUCACUGAAGGUGCAAGAGGUGAAGGUGGAUUUUUGAUCAACUCCGAAGGUGAGCGAUUUAUGGAGCGUUAUGCUCCCUCAGCCAAAGAUUUGGCGUGUAGGGAUGUCGUUUCUAGAGCCAUCACCAUGGAGAUCAAUGAAGGUAGAGGUGUAGGGCCAGAGAAGGAUCACAUGUACUUGCAAUUGUCACACAUUCCAGCUGCUGUUUUAAAAGAACGAUUGCCAGGUAUUUCAGAAACUGCACACAUUUUUGCUGGUGUCGAUGUCACAAAAGAACCUAUUCCUAUCUUGCCCACAGUUCAUUACAACAUGGGAGGUAUCCCCACCAAUUGGAAAGGUGAAGUUAUCACCAAGGAUGCUGAUGGGAAGGAUAAAGUUGUUCCAGGGUUAUUGGCUUGUGGGGAAGCAGCGUGUGCAUCAGUGCAUGGUGCCAACAGGCUCGGUGCAAACUCGUUAUUGGAUUUGGUUGUAUUUGGUAGAGCAGUUUCGCACACAAUAAGAGACCAAUUGACACCUAAUACUCCAUUGAAACCAAUGGAUGCUACUUUGGGUAAAGAAUCGAUUGAAAAUUUACACAAUUUGCGUACUGCUAAUGGUUCGAAAUCGACAGCAGAACUCAGAUUGGAUAUGCAGAAGACAAUGCAAAGAGGUUGUGCCGUGUUUAGAACACAAGACACUUUGGACACUUGUGUGAAACACAUCAAUGAGGUUGACAAAAAUUUUGUCAAUGUGAAAACCACUGAUCGUUCAAUGGUCUGGAAUAGUGAUAUGGUAGAAACGUUGGAAUUGCAAAAUUUGCUUACAUGUGCCACCCAAACAGCUGCUGCAGCUGCAGCUAGAAAAGAGUCAAGAGGCGCCCAUGCUAGGGAAGAUUUCCCGGAAAGAGACGAUUUGAACUGGUGGAAACACACAUUGACUUGGCAGCUGGGGUGUGGAUCGGAUGUUAAAAUUGACUACAGAGAUGUCGUUAAGCAUACAUUGGAUGAAGCUGAAUGUAAAUCGGUGCCACCAACUGUCAGAGCUUAUUAG